AGUAGCCUAAUAGCCGUAAAUGUCCUGUACAAAGUUUUAUAAAUACUUAGCUUCGAGAAUCCCCAAUCGAAGCCAGGCAUCCGAUCAAGUAAUACAUAAAGAAUUGACAAGAGUCUCGAUUCACUCACGUGAAUCAUUUCUCAAUUCACGGAUAAUCUGAUGUGGAACAAGGUAUAUUAUCCGUAUAGACAACGCGGCUCCAUACGCUUUUUCCUCCCGCGGUUGAUUCUAGCGUGAAAUCAGGCACGCCUAAUCUGUUCGCCGAAUGACGGUGACGGCGUUGUAUUCGCUCCGUAUUCCGUAUACCGCCGGAAUCCUUUUCACCAACAGAAAAUAAUUAACCGCGUAUAAUAAGAAUUGCGGAUGAGAUGAUAUCACCGCGUGUGUGUUGAAAAAUCCCGACGAGUGAGUGAAAAACGUUUCAAGAUCCGCGUCAGUUACAGUUCAUCGGUUCACGAAGGUCCCGGGUGCUGAUUGGCCGUCGAUUUCCAGUUUCCUUCCAGGAUGCGUUUCGUUCUGUCGCCUUAGCAAGGACGCGAACCGCCUAUAAGAGACACCGCGCGAGUCUCCGUACCGUAGUUGAUUUCCGAACAGCGUUCUGCCUUCUCGCCCGAUCGUCGCUCCUCGAAGAAGCUCUCGAGACCCCACCACCUCUGCAUAAGGACUACUUAAACAAGGACCUUCGACGAGUGGUCGCAAGCGGGUGACGCCGGCGAUAAAGAACGUAUCGGCGAAGAUGCCGCGAACCUUGGCGAAAGGGCUCCUCGUCCUCCUGGCACUUAAUUCCGCGACUUGCUCUUUCGCUCCUCCGAGCGUCGGAGGUGCCGCGGAAUCCGCUCUUUCUCUGAGCGACAUAACGCAGCGGAAGAGCGGUUCGGAAUACGUCGCACUCGGUGACGGGAGGACUAGCAAUUCCGAGAGCAAGGGAUUCGACAAGGGCGAAAAGGGCUAUCAUGGACUGAACGAGGAUCGUGGUCACUACGACGAUCGGGACAGCAUCCAGAAGGGAUACGACGUCGGUAAGCACAGCUCGGGACAGAGUCAGUCGGUAAAUCAGGGGAACAACGAGUUCAAACAGCACGGAAGCGGGGACUAUAAAAAGGGCUAUCACAAAAGUGGCUUCACCAACAACUACCACAAGGACGAGUCGGGGAACAAGGCCAGCUUCUACGAGGACAGCGACGACGAACGCGGUCACAGGGGAUACGACAAUCGCGCCGGGUAUUACGGGAAAAAGGCUGACGACGCCUACAGAGACGGAAGGUACGACGGAGCCUUCAAUGGGAGGAACAACGGGCAUCAAGGAUUCUACGAUAACGGUGCGAGAUACGACAAUCGGCAAGGCCACGCUGACGGUUACGACGACAGUCGAUAUCACGAUGACAGAAGGAACUAUCUGCAUGAUGGUUCCGGCAGAUACUACGACAGGAAUGGAAACGAAGUUUAUUACCGCAGAGAGCAGCCCUAUCAGCAGCCUUAUCACAGUCACGCUCAAUACCCUCAGGCGCCUUUGGUCUCCGGACCACUCUACUCCAAGGAUUACCUAGACGCCCCACCACCAAGGUAUAUUUCCUCCGAGGAGUCCUACAGAGGCGGAAGAAGAUUUGGAUAUUUUCCCAACCGGAGAGACUAUCACGAAACGGAAUAUUACUAUCCUGGAAGAGGUCGCUCGUAUGACGAUCCUUACAUUGGUGGUGGUGGCGGCUACCGUGGAGGUAGUUACGGAAGUGCUCAUUCGCGAGGAUACCGAAAAGCUUAUCACCAACCACUGGACGCUCAUUACGGAUACAGAAGAACGUAUUGAUCGCAUACCUGUUCCAAUAUUGUCUACGCAGCUACUACAUGUACAAAAGAUGAAUGAAUAAAUUAACGAACAUAUUUUGUUAACAUGAAUAAAUUUUAACUAUAAAUCCUAAAUACACUGACACUGUGAGAGAAAUUUUU